GGGUGGGAGGGAGUGAGUCACUGAGCGUGUGUGAGGGAGGGAAGGAGCGAACGGGCGGGCGAGCGAGCAGCCCGCGCCGUCCGCCUGCAGCACCAGCCAGGCCCCGCCGCCGCCGCCGCCCCGCGCCGAGGCCGGGCCGAGCCGAGCUGGGUCGGGUCCGGGCCAUGCUGCUCACCGUGUACUGUGUGCGGAGGGACCUCUCCGAGGUGACCUUUUCCCUCCAGGUCGACGCCGACUUCGAGCUGCACAACUUCCGCGCGCUGUGUGAGCUCGAGUCCGGCAUCCCCGCAGCCGAGAGCCAGAUUGUCUACGCUGAAAGACCUCUCACAGACAACCACAGAUCACUGGCUUCUUACGGCUUAAAAGAUGGCGACGUUGUGAUUUUACGACAGAAGGAGAAUGCAGACCCUCGCCCUUCGGUGCAGUUCCCAAACUUACCCCGAAUAGACUUCCGUAGCAUAGCUGUGCCUGGCACGUCAAACACCCGGCAGCGCCAGCCAGCAGGAGCACAGCAGUCCCACUCAUCUCCUGGAGAGGUAGCUUCAUCUCCUCAGGGCCUGGACAAUCCAGCCUUGCUCCGAGACAUGUUGCUGGCCAACCCCCAUGAGCUGUCCUUGUUGAAGGAACGCAAUCCACCCUUGGCAGAUGCUCUGCUCAGUGGAGAUCUUGAGAAAUUUUCUAGGGUCCUGGUGGAGCAGCAGCAGGACCGAGCCCGGAGAGAGCAAGAAAGGAUUCGUCUCUUUUCUGCGGACCCUUUUGAUCUUGAAGCUCAGGCAAAGAUAGAAGAAGAUAUAAGGCAACAGAACAUUGAGGAAAACAUGACAAUAGCUAUGGAAGAGGCUCCGGAAAGUUUUGGCCAAGUAGUGAUGCUUUAUAUUAACUGCAAAGUGAAUGGACAUCCUGUGAAAGCCUUUGUUGACUCAGGUGCCCAGAUGACCAUUAUGAGCCAAGCUUGUGCAGAAAGGUGUAAUAUAAUGAGGCUGGUGGACCGUCGGUGGGCAGGGAUCGCCAAAGGAGUGGGCACCCAGAAGAUUAUUGGAAGGGUACAUCUAGCUCAGGUUCAAAUUGAAGGAGAUUUCCUGGCGUGUUCCUUCUCUAUACUUGAGGAACAGCCCAUGGACAUGCUUUUGGGACUGGACAUGCUGAAACGGCAUCAGUGUUCCAUUGACCUCAAGAAAAAUGUACUCGUGAUCGGCACCACAGGCUCAAAGACCACCUUCCUUCCUGAGGGGGAGUUACCAGAGUGUGCCCGGUUGGCAUAUGGGGCCGGGCGAGAGGAAGUACGGCCAGAGGAGAUUGCAGACCAAGAAUUAGCAGAAGCCCUUCAAAAAUCUGUAGAGGAUGCAGAGAAAAGCGGUAAAGAAACUACCUCACUGGGAAUGUCAUCAUUACCAACUUCAGAUGGAUUUAACCAUCAAGCCCAUCCUUCAGGACAGAGUCCUGAGAUUGGUAAUCCUUCACGUCUUGCUCACUCUGUCUCUGCUUCAGUCUGCCCUGUUGAGCCCAGCGACCCAGACAGCAUUGAACCUAAAGCUCUGAAGGCUUUGAAGGCUUCAGCUGAAUUCCAGGUAACCUGUGAAAAGAAAGAACAUCUUCCUCUACAGGAUCUUUCUGAUUGUGCUUCUUCAGCAGACAGUGCUCCAGCAGACCAGAGGCCAGCUAUGCCUUUGCAGAAUUCACUCGAAGAAGCCAUUGUUGCAGGUAAUCUAGAGAAAUCUGCUGAAAGAAGCACCCAGGGCCUCACAUCUCAUCUCCACACCAGACAGGAAGUUAGUUUAUCUGUCACUGGGCUGGAAGAACCACAGAGGCUUAAAGAUGAAAAGGGUUGGCAUCCAGAAUAUCAGGACCUGAGUCAAGCGAGUGGCCUUCAGCAGCAUGAAGAACCGAGGACUGGACAGCAUGAGGUUAUACAGCAGAAUGCUCCCCAUGACCGAGCACGUCUCUGUAACACAGGGGACCUUGAACUUCUUGGAGAAAGGCAACAGGAUCAACAAAGAAGUAUUGGUUCGGAAGCUACAAUGGAAGGAGACAGGCUAGAGCAGACUGUGGACCUUUCGGGUACAGAGAAAAAUAUUCUACCUUCAGGGUGCUUUGGCUGCUCAAGUUCAGAAACACUUAUGGAAGUAGAUAUAGUUGAACAGUCCCUAGCUGCUGUGCUCAAUUCAGCAGGUGGUCAGAAUACCAGUGUCAAGAACAUCGGUGCAUCUGAUCUCACCUUAGAUAAUCCCUUGAUGGAAGUAGAAACAUCAAAAUGUAACCCUUCCUCUGAAAUUUUGAGUAAUUCCAUUUCCACUCAGGAUUUACAGCUUCCAGAAAGUAAUGUUGAAAUGUCUGGAAAAAGUAAAGAAUACGGGAGUUGCCCCUCCUCUUUAGUAAGUCUCUGUGGCAGUUGUCAGCCAUCCAUAGAGUCCACAGAGGAAUCUUGCUCAUCUGUAACGGCAGCCUUGAAGGAACUUCAUGAACUUUUGGUCAUUAGUAGUAAACCAGCUUCAGAAAACACAUCGGAAGAAGUUAUCUGUCAAUCAGAGACAGUAACUGAGGGCCAAACAGGUAUUAAGGACCUUUCUGAGAGAUGGACCCAAAAUGAGCAUCUUACAGCUACCCAGAGCGAACACUGUUCACAGGUCUCCUUUCAUCAGGCCACAUCUGUAACAGUGAAGACAGAAGAAUUAACAUACACUUCAACUGACGCUGGAGUAGAAGAUGAAGAAAAUAUUAACUUCAGGGGUCCAGGUGAUGGCGUAUUAACUGAUAGGGAAGGUGUCCCCAAGUCUAAGGAGUCAGUAAAUGAGAGCAGUUCUGUCACUGUAGCCUCAGCUGAAACGUCCAGUCAACUACAUUGCACCUUUGGUGCAGAAAUUUCACCCAGACUUUUAGCAGUAUGCGGGCCUCUCACUGCUGUGGCCUCUCCCGUUGUGGAGCGCAGGCUCAGCGGCCAUGGCUCACGGGCCCAGCUGCUCCGCGGCAUGUGGGAUCUUCCCGGACUGGGGCACGAACCUGUGUCCCCUGCAUGGGCAGGCGGACUCUCAACCACUGCGCCACCAGGGAAGCCCUGCUUUUGAUUUUUUAAAUCUUCCUGUCCAUCGUUUGUAUGAAAGUAAAGUUGUUGACAUUGUCAAGAUUUUAAAUCAUUUUUAAAUUUAGCAGUUGUAAAACACAAAAGGAAUUCAGGAACAUGACACUAGUGAACCUUCAUUUUCAAUUUUUAUUCAAAGUGCAGAAAUUAGAGAUUAACUUCUCCAAGGAUAGGAUAAAAUCAUUGUGAACUCCUCUGGUUGCCAACAGAACUGAUAAUGGCCAGCCAUAACCAGUAAUGGGCUGCUUUACUGGAUAGCUCCUUUGCCAUAACUGGUAAUGGACAGCCUUGUGGUCAGCACGUACCUCCAAGGGUGGUAUCUGUUUAUUCACCAAAGAGAGGAGAAGAUUUACCUAUAUGACUUCUGCAGUUUCCCUUUAGUUGGUUCCUGUGUAUAAGAAUGUGCUUGGUAACCAGACAGCUAUACCUAGGCUAUAGAUUUUGCCGUUGCAGCUGGUAAGAAUUAUUUCCACUCGUACCUCUUUAGGCAUCCAGACAUCAGCCAGUAGCCUUCAUCCCACAGUUUGGGCUUUAGCUAUUAACAUAUAAAGAUUACCAGUUGCAAAGGGAACUACAUAGAUGGUGAGUGUGUAUGAAAACUGUCCUGCCUUGCAGCCUACAGAACUUUCCAGAGCUCCUUGUCUCCAUAUAUACUGAAGGGAGACACACACCUUGUAUUUUUUCCCAGAGCAUUUCUCCAGUAAGAGAGUUACAUGGAAAGAUAUAUGAGACUUUGUGUCACUGAUUCUGUGAUAACCAGCUAAGGUGGAAUCUGCCUGUUUUUCCCUUAGCACAGCUUACUAUCCCUAGUAAAAGCCAUAAAAAUUUCGUUGGUUUAACCAUCAGUUCAUGUGUAUAUAUACAUGUGUGAUAGACAGAUAUCCUACAGUUAAUUUUACAUAGAUUAAAAAGCAAACAAUUUUUAUAUCUACAGAUGUAGUCUUCAGUUAUGAUGGUUUUUAUGUAUAUAAAAAACAGCCUUGCAAGUAACUGGCCAGAAGAGUUGCAGUACAUUCUGAUUUCCUUUUCCUAUCUCUUUGCCACCUGCAGAGAGUAUAAGCAGGAUAAUUGAACUGCUGCAUAUUUCAAACUAGUUAUCAGUGGUGACAUAUCACAAGAGAAGCUAACUGGAUUAUGCGUUCUCUAGCACAGAUACCAAAAAGCCAAAUAUCUCCUUUGAAUUUGGUGACUUAGUGUAGUCCACGGCUGAACUAGAAAGAGACAGAGUUCUCAAGAGUUCCCUUCCGAGAAGAUGAAUGUUAACUUAGUUCUGUAAGAUAAAAAUAGCUUUCUUUUUGAAAGAUUUAAAAAUGCCAAUUCCUGUUAACAAAAAAGUAAAUUCAAAGCAUGUCCUUGAGAACCAGAAAUGUAAAAUCAUGGCUCAAAUUCUCUACCUUUGUGGUCCCUCGGUAGAUGUUACUAGGAGUUCAUGGAGUAAAUCAAAGAACUUAGGGGAGGAACCUUUGAUAUGCUUGAUUUUCUCUUGUGCCUUAGUUUCUCCAAAUAGCAGAGGCAUCAAAUUUGGGUGGGGAAUAAAAGUGGAAGGAGGGGGGCAGCAGGGAAGUCUGAAAAUGGCUCUCCUGGAGAUAGGCAUGCGUGGAGUGGUCCUAAGGCUCACCUUUAUUGUUGGUUGAGAAUUAUUCUGCACCAAAUCGUUAGAUUUCCCCAGGUAGAAGGAUUAUGACACGGCUUUUUUGUAUCAGGUAUACCCCCAAAAAUGAUUUCUAAGCGUUUAUUAUGUUCUUUGUGGCACUGUCAGUAUUGUGGUGAAGGCAGAGCAGAAGUUCAAGAAAAUCUUAUAUUACAGGGAAUGUUUACUCUCUUGAAGGCUAUGCAGUUUGAAUCUUUGAAUAAGAGUUCAUUAUUCAUUCAAACAUUAAGUGCCUGUGUGCCAGGUACUGGGGAGCACUGGGGAUACAGGAGUGACUAAAACAGACUGGAAGCUGCUCUUGUGAAGCCUUCAGUCUAGUAAAGAGACAUGAAACAAAUUUUAGCUUCAAGUGCAACAUCUAUUUUUGCCUAUUAGCAUCAUUUAUUUUAAAAGUCAUAUUAGGAUGAUUUGGUUCAAAUUCAGAGAAAACUGGGAAAAUCAGGCUCAAAAUGGAAUUAGAUGCUGUGAACCUAAAACUGCUCUAAAAAAAAUAUUUUUUAAAAAGUGGAAUCGGAGAAACCAACAAAAAAUGUUCUAACAUUUGGUAAAACACUUGAAGAGAUCAAGGAUUCAGAAAUUAACGUAUACUGUUGGUGGAGGGGGAAUUAGGCAGGAUAGAAGUGCAAGUGCAAGUAAAUGGAAGAUGACCUAAUAUGCACCAGUGACAGUCAACUUUUCCUUCCAUCAGGACCUCCUUCCAUGCAGGAUAGAAAUACGGAGUGUGCUGCGGCAUCCUUCCCACUCCCCCUCUGAGCACGGCUGCUCUGGAAUACUAACCAUCUGGGCCAACAGGACUUAGCAGAGGAUUCUGGGGGAUUUGCUGUUUUAAAGCAGCUGAGUGCAAGAUGUGAAAAUAGGAAUCAAGAGCAGAAAAUGUAGCAAGCAGUGGUUCGGGGACUGGAUGGUGGGCAAAAUUUAUUUACAAGAAGAUUCAAGGCUCUACCUAAUGCUUCUACAGGACAGCUCCAUCAAAAGGACAUUCUUUAACCCAUUAUUGAAAACAUCACCGUGUAUGUAGUAAUCCUGAAGGAUACAGGUAGAAUUUCUGGACCUUAACUGCUAGUGACUUCUGAGGUUUACAGUUAGAAAACUCUCACAGGUUUAUCUGUUAUGUAUCGGUGAUUGGUAAUCUAGACCCUCUGGGGGCUGUGAAAGGUGAGAGGAUAUAGCAGAUAAGAUUCAGAGCACAAUCUUAGGGAAUGAAAGCUACAGAGAAAAUGGUGCAAGGGCAUAGGAGUUAGAGGAUAUUUCUUUUACCUAAAAAAAGUUAAGCAAACUACAGAAGACUUGGGGUGGGGGUGUGGAAUACAAAAUUAGAAUAAUUUUUACAGAAUUAUAUUUCUUUGAAUACGUACCAUAGGAAGGUUUUCAUUAGCUGACUUGGGGAAGGGGCAUGCUGGUAUAUUUUUUUCCUGGGAAGAUGCAUGACUAAUAAUAAAUUAUUUUGUUUACCAUGAGUUUGUUUUACGUACAACUCUGAAUGAUGCAUCAGUGACUUAAAGAAAGGUAGACCUCUGUAAUUUCCUAUCAGAGGCAGUCACAUCAGUUUGUGUCUAGAUUCCUUUGGUCUGAGAUUACCCGAUGCCCACCAGACUUCCUUUUCUUUCCCUGAAGGCCCCACAGCUUUGAGUUUAUGCUUCCCAUCUGAGACCUUUCCCUCUGAAUGAUAAUAUUUCCAUUCUCUAUUCUCCUGAUCAUCCUUUUGAAAUAGUUCUGGUGAUAUACUCAGAUCAAUGUAUUUGCUUUUUUUUACUAUGCGCUUACAAUGAACAUUGACUUGCCCAUUUUUAUUCAAAAUUUUAUUUCCAUGGCAAGUUGGGCUAAUGGGCUUUGCACUCAAGUAAGGUUUGUUUACCAGUUUUGUAGCCAUAUUUGGCAAAUUUUAGCAAAUAGAAAAAAAUCCCUCUUUUCCCCUUUGUUCUUGGCAGUCGUACUUUUAUUGCUUUCCUGAUUUUUCUUUAAGCUUUGAGGCUACUGCAUCUUACAAGAGCAACUAGGCUGAUUGGCAAAAUAGGCUUGCCAAUCAGUAGCUCUUUUACUCCCAUAAUGCUUUGGUUUUGAGAGUUGGGAAAACUCUGAGAACUUAAGGGAACCAAACUCAGGAAUCCCACAGUUGGUUGCAUUGUGCCAUUGGUUUAGGGGCUAGACAUAGGACCUGUCUGCAGCUGAGUGAACUAGAUGAAUUUGGGUUUGAGUUUUUGUCAGAUACUGAAAUGUAAGUCAGCCCUAAGUAAUCAAAACACUUUAUUUUCUUUUUCUUUUUUUUUAAUAGGAACUUUCUGAAGAAAAAGUGAUGUGUAAAACAUUUGAUAUUUAAGACAAUAAAGUUUUUAUCAUAAA